ACCAGCAGCUCUCAUUAUCUCUUGCAUAUCCUCUCUCUCUCUCUAGAAUUUCUCCGCUGCCAUGGAGAUGGAGCGCGUGACCGAGUUUCCAAUCCGGCAACUUGACCGGAGACCGCGAAAACGCCCUCGAUUGGGGUGGGACGUCCUACCUGAGGUCCCUAAGGCUCAGCUAGGUUUGUUUUGUGGACAAGAUGUUGGGAGUGUGACAAGCUAUGCACCUUUGAGGCAACCCUCCAACAUUAGUAGUUCCCUUAUUGUCAAGGAAGUUGCUCAAAAUGGUUCUCCCCCAUGGAGAGAAGAUGACAAAGAUGGGCAUUAUAUGUUUGAGCUUGGAGAAAAUAUAACAUCGCGCUAUAAGAUACACAGUAAAAUGGGUGAAGGCACCUUUGGGCAGGUUCUCGAAUGUUGGGAUCGUGAAAGGAAAGAAAUGGUUGCUAUUAAAAUUGUUCGUGGUUUAAAAAAAUAUCGAGAGGCAGCCAUGAUUGAAGUCGAUGUGCUUCAACAGCUCGGCAAACAUGAUAAGGAUGGAAAUCGUUGUGUUCAAAUACGGAACUGGUUUGACUAUCGUAACCAUGUUUGUAUUGUCUUUGAGAAGCUUGGACCAAGCUUAUAUGAUUUUCUACGGAAAAACAAUUAUCGCUCAUUUCCUAUUGACCUUGCCCGUGAGAUUGGAAGACAACUGUUGGAAUGUGUAGCAUUUAUGCAUGAUUUGCGUCUCAUUCACACUGACUUGAAACCAGAGAACAUCCUGCUGGUAUCUCCUGACUAUGUUAAGGUUCCUGAUUACAAGUAUUCUUCCAGAUCACUGAAGGACACUUACUAUAAGAGAGUCCCAAAGUCCAGUGCAAUAAAAGUAAUUGAUUUUGGGAGCACAACAUAUGACCGUGAAAAUCAAACAUAUGUUGUAUCCACACGUCAUUACCGUGCACCUGAAGUUAUUUUAGGUCUUGGUUGGACCUACCCAUGUGAUAUAUGGAGUGUUGGAUGUAUCCUUAUCGAGUUAUGCUCAGGAGGGGCGCUGUUUCAAACUCAUGAGAACUUGGAGCACCUAGCUAUGAUGGAGAAGGUGCUAGGCCCUAUUCCAGCGCACAUGCUGAAAAGAGCAGACCGGAGUGCAGAGAAGUAUAUUAGGAAGGGAAAGCUGGAUUGGCCCGAAGGGGCAGCAUCAAGAGAGAGCAUCAGAGCUGUCCUGAAAUUGCCCAGGCUUCAGAACCUGGUCAUGCAACAUGUGGACCAUUCUGCUGGGGAUCUUAUUAAUCUUUUGCAAGGGUUACUUAGAUAUGACCCUUCAGAGAGACUUACUGCUCGGGAAGCAUUGCGGCAUCCCUUCUUUUCUCGGGAUCAUUUGAGGAGGCUGUAGGAUCUCAGCUACUGCUGCUGCUUCGCCGCCACCUGACUGUUGUUAUAGUUUAUGUUUCUGCCAACUGCUAUAAGAGUAUUUACCCAUUUGUUGCUCAGCCUAUUUGCUUCUAGCACAAAAAGGAAAUGGCGGGUAGUUAGAUUCUAGGUGUGGUCCAAGUGUGUUGUUGGACGGUCGAGCGUGAGAUUGUGUAAAAAUGAUGCUCUAAUAACAUUACCCACCCAUAGAUGAAGUGCUCCGGUAGCGUUUUAAGUUAAAAAAAGCCCAACUACCAUUUGUUGCAAAUUAUCAUCCAUUUGUUCCAUCUUAUCGAAAUGUAGUUAUUAUGCGCGUGAUUUCCACCAAGUGAACAAAUGCUUUGUAAUUCCAAGUAGCAAACUGUAGCCGAUGCUUGUAAUUUUUGUAUUUUUUUUAAUUUACCAUUUACCAUUGUGCUCCUAAAUCAUGUUAUUGGGUAGGGCUGAACUUGCCAACUGGCCCGGCCUGGUACUGUUUGUACCUGGCCUGGCCCGGGAACUGGUCUGGGUGCCGGUUUGGCCCAACUGACCUGGUCAAUUAGCAGUGUGGGUUCAGGCCUUACAA